AUGGCGACGGGCGAAAUCAUAGAUCUCACGAAAGACUCGAGCGACGUCGAAGAGAUCAAGUCGACCGACUUCUCCCGUGGUAAAUCGGAGAGCAAAGCUGGCCCGAGCCGGCGGGAGAGGAAACGGAAGCGGGCGGCGCAGUAUAUGGAAGAGCACGACCAACCCAUAGCUAUCGAAGUGAAGGCAGAUGGCGAUGAGGGGGAAGGUUCGACUGCUCGGAAGUCCAGGAGAAAGAAGAAUAAAUCCGCGCGUUCGUCUCCUGCGCCUGCAGCGCCCGACUCUGCAAUCCCGAAUAUGGACGACCUAUUCUUCGUCGACACUGCACCGGCGGCCAUACCCUCAGACCUGGCAUUUAUUGACUCCAAACCUUCUGCGCCGUCUACCACCUCGAACUCGACCGAAGAAAGCGCUUUGGUGAAGACGCCGGAAUCACCUGCGCUCCUGUUGCCGGCGCAUGUGUCUGUACUGGCAGAGAAUGCGGACGGGAAGCCUAUUGAAAUUAUACGGCCGCCUUCUCCCGGUUCGGAGGGAGAGGAUGUGGAGGACUUCAUUCAGUAUCUGGACUAUGAUGAUCGGCCGACGGAUUUGGCGAGGUAUUUUGAGAAGCCGGAGGAUGAGAAGAGGAGGAUUGUAUGUAAGAGGUGUGGUGCGGAGGGAGAGCAUUCAACAGGCGAAUGUACACUUAAGAUCUGUAUGACUUGCGGUGUUCGUGGAGAACAUACGACGUUCGGAUGCCCAAUCAGCAAGACUUGCCAUACAUGUGGUAUGAAGGGCCAUCUGCGACAAAACUGCCCGAACCGUUCAAAGAGCCGCCAGAUGAUGGACAACUCCUACAACGACUGUGAUCGGUGCGGCUCCUCCAAGCACCAAACAGUCGAAUGCCCGACGCACUGGCGUAUGUACGAGUACGUCUCGGAAGCUGAGCGCACACAACUGCUUGAAGCUCGGGGACGGAUCAGCGAGUUGAAGCUGGGUGAAGGCGGGGAGGCAUAUAUUGCGAGGGACGAGUGGUGCUACAACUGUGGUUGUGCAGGGCAUCUGGGUGACGACUGCGAAGAAACAUUCAUGGAAGGCUGCCCAACGAUCCCCUCCGCAUUCGGCUCCUACAACACCAUGUCCGGACCCUUCUAUGACGCAACACAACCACCCCUCUCACCGUCCACCCUGAAUCGCCCACCACGCGAAUGGGAAGACGGAGGCGACCUGAUGGACGGAUGGGGAUUCAGCGCGCCUGCGCAGGUCGGGCAGAAAGCGAAGAAGGACAAGAAGAGGAAGAUGGAGAAGGCGUGGCAGGAUAAGCAGGAGAAGGACGACGAAGACGACUGGUUCAGCAAUCCGAGGAACGCGAGGGGGAGAGGGAUGAACGGCAACAGCGGUGGAGGUGGCGCAUCGGGGUCGGGAUCUGGAUCGGGCGCUGGUGGGGCGGGGAAGAAGAAGCCGAUGUUCUUGCCCAUGAAGACGUCGUUGAUCGACCGCAUCGAAGGCGGGCACUCCGCGGCAGGCAGCUCGCGGCAGAGCUCGGACUCCCGUAACCGUGACCGCGACAGGGAUUGGGACCGCGGUCGUGAUAGAGGUGGAAAAGGUGGUCGGAGUCGCGAUAAUUCUGGUGGCGGAGGAUACCAGAAGAGCCCGUCCUCUUACAAGGGCUCAUCGCGCGACCGAGACCGCGAACGCGAAUGGGAUAGGGGAAAGCGCGGAGGAGGGGGAGGUGGUAGUCGCGACCAUGAUCGCCGGGACCGGGACCGGAGAGAUGAUCGGCAGUACUCUUCUGGUCCGCGGUACAAGGGCGGUUACGCGCAUUGA